GAAAAAUGUAUUAUUUAAAAGGCAUGGGGGAUGCAGGAAUGGUUUAAUCAUAUAUGUAACUAGAUUCGGUGCUUCGCGUCGGGAUAUUUCUAUCUGUUGUACGAAUUUAGUACAAGUAUACAUUGUCUUUACAAAUACGAUUUAAACAUACGGAUUGUCGCGCGUUUAUGUUUGUGGUAGAUAUGUAACCUCCCCUCUAUGAGUGGAUAUGUGACGUUUCCGAUAGUAACCUUCACAUAACACAUGGUUAGGCAUUAUCGUUGCAUUUAAUAUGGUUUUAUAAGUAUUUCUUGGAAGAGGACAGUAAUUUCUAUAUUAAUACGAUUUAUACAAGCUACCCAGAAUAACUAUGUAUAAUGUAUGUAGUAGAUUGUCCUCAUUAGCAAAGGGAGCUUUCCUGAAUUAUGCCGAUCCUCUGUACGCAGCUAGUUUACCACUGAAUUCUGCAUUCUGCCGUGCCUUGAGUUGCACUGCCGCAAGAUGGCAGGAAUCGGCGCCCACCGCGGACCCCUCCGAAAAGACCAACAAAGAGUUCAGCUUCUAUCCCCCAAUGCCUGGUCAUGAAAGCUCCUUGAGGUGGGGGGGGAAGAAAUUUGAGGAAUUACCUAUCGUGCACAUAAAAGCCACAUACAAUAACACACACAUCCAGGUGACCGACAACACUGGGAAGUCCAUGAUCAGAACAUCCUGUGGUGCAGAAGGAUUCAAGAAUGUAAAGAAAUCGACUCCCAUUGCGGCUCAGACAGCUGGUAUCUCUGCUGCGGCGAAGGCGCAGGGGAAGGGUGUGUCCUACGUGCGCGUGGUCGUCAAGGGCCUGGGACAAGGCCGCGUGGUGAGUAACCGGAGAACUAGCCCCGCCCACACCACGCCGACGAUCAGAGCCCCCCUCCACCUCAGACGCAGCCGGCAUCAGCCGCUCCUGCUCCCCCCAGCUGAGCUCGAUGCUCACGUCCGUCCCAUAAUGUCCCUUUGAUUUGGGCCAUUUAAC